AUGCGUACAGUUCAACGUGUUUGGAAACGAUCAAAAGAAAAUAUGAAGAAUGGGGUGACUGAUGUAUCUCAUAAAAGAACAAAAAAUUGUGGUCGCAAACGGAUACAGAUUGAUUUGGAUCAUUUUCGGAGCAUUCCUUUACCGGAGAGAAAAAUUAUUCGGGAUGCAGCUAAUGCUCUAAAAGUUAGCACAUCAGUUCUAAGCAGGAAUCUAAAGUCAGGCGAUAUAAGGCGUCACUCCAAUGCAAUCAAACCAUUUUUAAGUGAGGAAAACAAGAAAGGUAGACUACAAUUUUGUUUAGACAUGCUUGACAAAGAAAGUUUGCCUCAUGAUCCCAAAUUUCAUGACAUGCAGAAUGUCAUUCACAUAGAUGAAAAGUGGUUUGACUUGUCAAAAAAAUGUGAGACCUAUUAUCUUUUGGCGGAUGAAGAAGAGCCUCAUCGUACUUGCAAAAGUAAAAAUUUUGUUACCAAAGUCAUGUUUCUCGCUGCUGUAGCUCGUCCGCGAUUUGAUGGUCAAGGCAAUGUUACAUUUUCUGGGAAAAUUGGCAUCUACCCAUUUAUCACCAAAGAGCCUGCAAAGAGGAGUAGUGUGAAUCGGGUUGCAGGUACACUUGAGACAAAGGCAAUGACUUCUGUUAAAAGAGAUACAGUUAGAUCAUAUUUGAUUGAAAAGGUGAUACGUGACAUUCGAGCAAAAUGGCCACGUGAAGAUAUGCAUAAACUUAUUUGUAUCCAGCAAGAUAAUGCAAGAACUCAUGUGGAUCCCAAAGAUAUAGAGUUUUGUCAAGCUGCCCAGCAAAGUGGUUUUGAUAUUCAGUUAAUGUGCCAACCACCAAACUCUCCAGAUAUGAAUGUUCUAGACCUUGGUUUUUUUAGAGCACUUCAAUCUUUGAGGUACAAGAAGGUGGCAAAAACAAUAGAUGAUCUGGUGAAUGCAGUGGAGGAAACAUUUGAAAAUUAUCCAGUUGAAAAAUUGAAUAACAUAUUCUUAACUUUACAGCUGUGCAUGAUGGAGACGAUGAAAGUGAAAGGUAGUAAUGCUUACAAGCUUCCACGCAUGGGCAAAGAUGGUUUGGAGAGACGUGGACAACUACCCAUUCAAAUAAAAUGUGAUGCAGGUCUUGUUAAUUCAGUUUAUGAAUUUUUAAAUGAAGUGUAA